CGUCAAAUUCCCAAACCCUCUCCUCCGCCGACAUUUAAGCCCUUCUAUUUUAGCCGUUGAUUCUCAGGGACCUCCUUCCUUUUCUUUAACACUCUUCAGGUUCUCCUUUUCCCCCCCAGGAUCCUCGAACAAGGAAUUGGAAUCUCCCCUUUUCUUCAUCAUUUCCUUUCCUUGUUCGGGAUCGCCGGCCAGACCCUGAUCGGAGAAUCAGUAAAUUCAAGGUUUAGAUAUAUGUUCGACGUAAUUCGAGAUUUCCUUUUGUGGGUUCAAUUGAAUUUCCAAUAGAUGGACUAAUUGCAGUUAAUUUCUUGAGUUUUUGCCGGGGAACUAAGUUAAUUCUACUGAUGUCGUUGUCCCCGUCGCGCCAAUUAAUCCUCCGGCGCCAAUUAAUGACCGUGGACAGAUCGCGACCGCUGCUGUACACCCGCUCUAAUGUCUCCAGCGUCGCCAACAGCAGCAGCAGCAGCAGCAGACACGGCGUCACUCGUACGAGCAAGUCUGCGAGGUUCGCGGAGGUGUGCGGGGGAACGGUGGCGGAAUGCACUGCGGUCUGUUGCUGCUGCCCCUGCGGUAUAGUGGAGCUGUUGGUGCUGGCAAUCUACAAGGUCCCCGCGGGUCUUUGCCGCCGCGCCCUCCGAUACAAGCGGCAGCAGAGACUCUUGAAGAAGGGAACGAUGCAGCCGCGGCAUCGGCGGUUCCAGUGCGGCUGUGACGAGACGGAGCUGCAUGUUCACCCGGUGGUUUGUUACGAGGAGUUUGACAUCAGGUCCGGCUCCAAGGACACUGAGAAGGCCAUUGUGGAGCUGGAGAAGGAGAUGUGGGACACUUUCUACGGCGCUGGGUUUUGGAGAAGUCCCUCUCAGAGAGAGCCGCCGGCAGUAAAACAACCAUAAUAAAUACUCAAUUUUUCCCUUUCCGUAAUUUUCCAUCAUAGUACAUAUCAUCUAAUUCUUCUUUUUUACAUUUUUAUAUAUAAAAAUUUUUAAUGGGGAUUAAUGGAAUUUGAAUCAUUGAAAGAGGGAGAUUUUGAUUGUUAUGUAAAUGGAGAACUUCUAUUGUUGUGAUUUCUUGAGUAAUAUGUUUUGAGAAUGAAAAGAAAUUAAUUUU